GGAAGCACCUGCGCAGACUCGGUUCUUCUGCGCUGUGACGCUGAUCAGCUGUUUCUCCGUCAAAGUGAAAGUAAAAGUGUUCUCGCUCGCGUCGCAGCUCCAGGAUCAGCUGAUCCGACAGGUUCGCUCUUCCUCCUCCGCAGGUGUCCUGGACACGCAGCUGAAAAUGACAAGCCAGCGAGCUGAAGAUGCCACAGAAACCAGCGAGGUGUUCCAGCUGCUGGAAAAGUACUGCAGCAAGAGGUCAAAACAGCGCUCACCUGAGAUGGCAGUGAGGACGAUUGCUGCCCGCCGUGUGAAAGGAAACGUCCCAGUUAUCUUUCCUCAGGGUCCAGCUCCCAGUGCAAGUUUCCAGAAGUCUCUGGAGGUUGUACUUGAUGGAGAAGUUUGUUUCUCAGGUGAGUCUUCCACCUGUGAUGAGGUGCACAACAGGAUGCUCAGUACCUCAGCGCACACGGAUGACAUCGUCCUGAGGCUGGUGGAGCUGAUCAGAGCGGAGGGAGACGACAUCGACAGGAAGAUCAAACAGAACCUGGACCUCCAGCAGCAGCUCAGAGACCUGGACUAUGACAUGUUCAAGGAGCUCACCUCCAGCGUGCAGAGCCUGGUCCACCCGGCGGAGCGGGCGGCACCCUCUGAGGUUCACAUUCAGAGGCAGAAGAUCGCUCUGGCCUUCGAAGUGACCAGCAGGCUGUCAGCCACGAGUCUGGUCCACCAGAGGAGGGUGCUGAGCUUUGGAGAGCGGUACAUUCAGGAGAACCACUCGGCUUGGGUGGAGCAGCACAGAGGCUGGGCUGAAGCUUUCAGCAUCGACUGAGCCGCACGAACCUCAGAGGAAUCUCCAGGUGGAGGUCACCACGCUGUCAAAGUUCAAGUAUUUGAGCCAUAUUUGUUUUGUAAAAGUAGAAUUUUUUAAAAUAAACUUUUGAAAAACACA